AUGUUGUUAUACUGUAGAACCGGUCGGAAGAGAAGACAUUUUUCUCCGUCUUCUGUGGCUUCACUGUGCGGAUCUGAACAAAUGUCAUUGCUCGAGGCGAAGAGAGCCGCAGCCGGCUUCGAAAAGGGCGCCGAAACAGCGGACGCAUUGGAGAGACGGCGGAAGAAGCCAGAGUCCGGGAUCCGAGCCGGUUCUCCCGUCUGGUCUCUCCCCUUGACCACUGUCCAUUUCCGAGGGAUUGAGAGGGCGAGAGCAGCGACUGAAUGA